AUGGAGAUGUCCCCACGGGUGCUCGUCGACAUGGGGUCAGACUCGGUGCUGCAGGGUUCUUUUCCAGGAUCCCUUGGAGAGGCUGCAAAUCAACCAAAAGACUUGGGAGGACCUCGCACCGGGUCGAUCAAGAACAGCGAAGACUGGAACAGCAAUAUACGAGGCCAACCGGAUAGCCGCUGUCAAAGUCGAAAGAGCGUCUGGUAAGUCUCAAGCACUCCGAUCCACAACACCAACACCCGGCUUUUCCCAGCAUGACCACACUGCCAACGAAUAUUCGGCGCGUAUUAGUCUUGUCGGACAUCUUAAGACGCAGUGCAGCAAAAACCCAAUAACCCCAUCUGCUGCCACCACAGCCGCCACCUUAUCAUCCCUGCAACAACAGCCACGGCAUCCACAACGACAAUCUCUCUCACCAGCUGUGACCACACUCCCGGUAUUCUUCAGCCGUCGACCAUCACCACUUACCUCAUCCCGGCCACAAACCCCGCCAUGACGGCAACAUCUACCAGUUCACCCGCUCUCGCCACCGGUGAGAACAAUCCCGACAUCCUUUUAACCACUGCGUUCACUAUAACCGCCCCCACCAGCAGCAAUUUGGACUCGGUUCCAAUCUGA